CCCGGCCCCUCUCGAAGGCGGGGAGGCCUAGACUGUCGCGGGGAGUGGCCGGAGGGUUUAGGACGUUCGCCCAGGCGGACGUGCUUUCUCCCGUCGUAGCCUGGGGGCCAGGAUGGGGCCCGCACAGCUCGGCUCUGCGGCCGGUCUACUCCUGCCCAGUCUGUCUCCCUCAGGAGCUGAGAAAAGACUGGGAAAGCCAAAACACAGAAAACAAAAGUUCAGAAUGGAUGAGCUGGGUGGAGGAAGGCAGAGCCCUGAAGGUCAUGGAAGGAUACCUACUGAAACUUUAAGCCCUGGAGCUGGUGUCAUGGAAUCAGUCACCUUGAAGGAUGUGGCCAUGGGGCUCAUUCAGGAAUGGGCGUUGCUGGAUGAUGCUUGGAGGAACCUGUGCAGAUACGUGCUGCUGGACAACUGCAGGACCUUGGCGCCCAGAGCAGGGGCUCCACCAUGCAAAGCCAGCCUGGUCUCCCAGGUGGGACCAAGAAAAGAGCUGAGGGCAGCAGAAGGAGGCAUUCUCCAGGCCACCUGUGCAGACUGGGAAUCUCAACUUAAAUCCAAAGAGUAUCCUCCUCUGCAGGAUAUUUUGGAGGAAAUUUCACAUCAUGAUUUGCAAAUGGGGCCAGGGCUGGACCUGAGGAUGCAGAUCAUGUCUGGUAUGGGAGAGAGGGAGAUAGCCCUGACUCCGGAGGACUGGUCAGCUCUCCAGGAGUCACCUUGGUCUGAUUACACAGGGCUGAAGGUGGCUAUGCAGAUUCGUAAGAUGGCCAUGCCGGAGCCUGCACUGAGCCUCCCCAACCUGUGGGCAGCUGGGGUUCCUGCUCUGCCCACUCAGGACCCCACAGGGCUCCAGGAGGAGAGCACGAAGGAAGAAGCCAUGGUACCUGGGGGAGUGACCACCUAUCCACAGGAACCAGUCACCUUCAUGGAUGUGGCUGUGCUCUUCACACCAGAGGAAUGGCUGUUUCUAGACUCUGCUCAGAGAAGCUUGUACAGAGACGUGAUGCUGGAGAACUAUAGGAACCUGGUCUUCGUGGGAGAUCAACUUUGCAAAGCCAGUAGGUUUUCUCAUGUGGAGCAAAGAGAAGAGCUGUGCAUCACUGAGAGAAGAAUCUUCUUAGGAGCCCACUUAGGCGAGCACCAGGCAGAUUGGGAGCCACCAGCCCAGAGUGAACCUCAACUUCAACCCCAGGACUCAAUUCCUAACCAAGAUAUUUUUGUGGAGAUCACAUCCAUGGGCAUGAAAAAGGAGCAACCACUGACUGGAGAGAAACUCUCUGAAUACAGUGAACUGAGGAUGCCCUGUAAUAGUACCCAACCACUAUUUCAGUACCAGAGAAUUCCUGCUGGAGGAAAGCCCUAUGAAUGCCAAGAGAGUGGAAAACCCUUCUUUCAGACGGCUCACCUAACUGUGCCUGAGAAAAUCCGCAGUGGAGAUAAAACCUAUGAGUGCAACAAAUGUGAAAAAUCGUUCAGAUACAGCUCUGACCUCCUCAGGCACGAGAAGACUCACACUGCAGAGAAGUGCUUCGAAUGUCAGGAGUGCAGGCAGGCCUUCAAGUAUUCCUCGAAUCUGCGGCGACACAUGAGAACUCAUACUGGUGAGAAACCCUUUGAGUGCAGUCAGUGUGGGAAAACCUUCACCAGGAACUUUAACUUGAUCUUGCAUCAGAGAAACCACACAGGCGAGAAGCCCUAUGAGUGCAAGGAUUGUGGGAAGGCUUUCAACCAGCCCUCCUCUCUGAGGAGCCACAUGAGAACCCACACAGGAGAGAAGCCCUUUGAGUGCGGCCAGUGUGGGAAAGCCUUCAGGGAACACUCAUCUCUGAAGACACACCUGCGGACCCACACCAGGGAGAAACCAUAUGCCUGUAACCAGUGUGGGAAGCCCUUCCGGACGAGCACUCAUCUGAAUGUACAUAAGAGGAUCCACACGGGGGAGAAACUUUAUGAAUGUGCCACCUGCGGGCAGGUCUUGAGCCGUCUCUCGACCCUAAAGAGCCACAUGCGGACCCACACGGGAGAGAAGCCCUACACGUGUCAGGAGUGCGGGCGGGCCUUUAGUGAGCCAUCAUCCCUCAGGAAACAUGCCAGGACCCACAGUGGCAAGAAGCCCUAUGAGUGUCAGGAGUGUGGGCGAGCCUUUGGCCAGUCCUCACACCUUAUCGUACAUGUGAGAACCCACACUGCAGGGAGACCCUACAAAUGUAAUCAGUGUGAGAAAGCCUUCAGGCAUAGCUCUUCACUUACUGUGCAUAAGAGGAUUCACUCAGGGAGAGAAAACGUUCAGACUGGUGGCCUGCCUUUGUCAGUGUCUCUGCCAUAUGACCGGCACCUUGUUCAUUAAUUUUGAUUAGUAAAAACAUAAACAUCCAGGGUUGCAAUCA